GUCUAACAAGAAGCCUAACUAUAACUUCAGUUGACCCAUCUAUGUUUGAAAAAGCACAAGGAGAGAAAGUUACAUUGCCAUGUACGUUUGAACUCUCAGAAGAAGAUCGAGGCCCACUAGAUAUUGAGUGGGGAUUGAUACCAGCAGAUAGUCAAAUGGAGGAAAAAAUAAUAAUUAUGUACUCUGUAGACAGGACUUACAAUAAUUAUUAUGCUGCUAAGACUGGGCGGAUGCAGUUUGCUCAUCCUGAUCCCAAAUCUGGUGAUGGUUCAUUGGAUAUCCUGAAUUUAAAGGCAGCAGACACUGGCACAUACCAGUGCAAAGUGAAGAAGGCUCCUGGAGUUCAAAGCAAAAAAAUGCAGUUGACUGUACUUGUAAGGCCAGCAAGAACUAAAUGUUCCAUUGAAGGAUCACAGGAGAUUGGAAAAGAUGUUACCUUGAAAUGUGCAUCACAAGAAGGAUCCCCACUUUUGUCUUACGACUGGAGAAGAGUAUCUGGCACUCAGGAACUUCCUGCCAUUUCCGUGCUGAAUAAAAAUACAGGGGAGCUUCUUCUGAAAAAUGCCUCUCAAGAAUAUUCUGGUACAUACCACUGUGUUGCCUCAAACAGAGUUGGCACGGAUGAAUGUUCUGUUGAGCUGAAUGUCACCCCUCCCGUAAAUACAGCUGGUAUAAUUGCUGGAGCUAUUAUAGGAACUCUACUGGGUCUUUCUGUACUGACUUUUCUCGUCUUCUGUUGCUGUAAGAAGCACAGAGAGAAGAAAUAUGAGAAGGAAGUCCAUCAUGAUAUCAGAGAAGAUGUUCCACCUCCAAAAAGUCGCAGUUCAACAGCUCGUAGCUACAUAGGCAGCAAUCGUUCUUCUCUGGGUUCAAUGUCUCCCUCAAACAUGGAAGGAUAUACCAAAACUCCAUAUAGCCAAGUCCCAAGUGAAGACUUCGAACGUAGUCCUGGUCAAAACCCAACCUUUGCACCUUCAAAGGUAGCUGCACCUAAUUUAAGUAGAAUGGGAGCUGUUCCUGUGAUGAUUCCAGCACAAAGCAAAGAUGGGUCCAUAGUAUAA